AUGGUGAACGUCCCGAAGACUCGCAGGACUUACUGCAAAAAGUGCAAGAAGCAUCAACCACACAAAGUAACCCAGUACAAGAAGGGGAAGGACUCCCUCUAUGCUCAGGGUAAGAGGAGAUACGACAGAAAGCAGUCCGGAUACGGAGGACAAACUAAGCCAAUCUUCAGAAAAAAGGCUAAGACAACUAAGAAGAUUGUGCUGAGGCUGGAGUGUGUGGAACCCAACUGCCGAUCAAAGAGAAUGCUGGCCAUCAAGCGAUGCAAGCACUUUGAGUUGGGAGGUGACAAGAAGAGAAAGGGCCAGGUCAUCCAGUUCUAA